UGAACCGUCGUCUGGUGCAUAGAAACCUGAUAGAAACCAAUAACAACAAACCCGGAUAUUUCAGCGGCAAAAACAAAAGGGAGGAAUUAGCAAUAACUGUUUAACUAUAAAAUACAACCAUCGAGAUGGGCACUGGUGAUUUGAAAGGAUGUCUGAGAAAGCUGGAAGCCUCUCUCCGUUCUCUAAAGUAUCCGAGAGAAGUGGACUAUCAAAGAUUGGCUCUGGGAGAUCCAUCAGCGUGUCUUCCUAUUGUGAGCUUUACCUUCACGUCCUUUUCCCCCUCACUCACAGAGCACCUGGUCGAUUAUGGUGUGGAAUUAAGCGGAAUGAAUGAUUUACGAUUUAUUGAGAAUGUUUACAAGGUCUUGCGGGAUGUUUUCAGCUAUAAGCCGUUGUUGACCAAACAGCAGUUUCUUCAGUUUGGCUUUGCUGAGAGGAAAGUCACCAUUCUCUGUGAUAUCAUUGGCCUUAUUCUCAACAAGCACAAAGAACUGACAAAAGAAACCAAGCAUGCCAGUAAGCCAAAGAGAAGGCCUCAGUUGAAGAGCUGCAUUAAAAAUGAGAUCCCUUCUCCUGAGAGUAACUCACUGGUGUUAACAGCCCUGACAGUACCUCAGAAGCAGCCACUGGUAGAAAGGCAUCUUGGCAGCAGCUCAGCACCAGCUCAGAUCAGACGCUGCUCAGAUGAAGAGGAAACAGAAAAGAGGGAGUUAGACAGUGAGGAUCUUGAGGAUUCAACUCAACCCAAAGAUUCCACUGAUUGUGUGUUAGAGAGCCGGCUGAGGGGCGUGGAGGUAAGUCUUCUGGAGAGUGUUGGCAGACUGGAGCAGCGAUUGGCCCUCAUGGAACACAGGAUACAUGCUCUGGAGAAAAGCUUGGCUGGCAAGAUUAUCAUCGAGAGCAACCAGUGGGAGAACUUGGAGAGUCGUGUGCUGCUGCUGGAGACCAGGCUGGCACUGACCUCAGCACAGGGUCUAACUUCACAAGAUGGGGUCUUCAACUCAGGCAAGGUUGAAUUUAAAGAGAAUACAGUAUCUGCAAGUGGCUUUUCUACUGUGAUUCAAUCACCAUCUGACAUCAGUGAUAAUGGGCAUCUUCUAGCCAGUUCUCCUCCUCCAACUGCUACCCAGAAUUUUAAAGAAAGGCUGGACAGAAUAGUUUACAUGAUGAAGGAUACAGCUAACAUUCUGCAAAAUAUAGAGCCGACAAUGUGAAUUUGAUCUCAGUCCAAGUUUUUAAAAAAAUGUGUCAUUAUUUAUUCACCCUCACAUUGUUCCAAACCUGUGUGUUGUUUUUCAGUUUUCUGAGAAAUAAGUAAAUAAAAUUAAGUUUAUAAAAGUUUAUAAAAUUAUGUUUGCUUUGCUCUUACUAUACAGUAAACCCACAUAGUGAUCAGAAGUGGUCAAACUCCAAAAAGGGGGAAAAAAGUAUCAUAAUAACAGACCAUGUGACUUGUGUGCUAUAUUUUUUCCUGACUUUCUGACAGACUUUGUGACCAACAGAACAAAAUUGUAAUUCAUUGGAAACCUUGGCCAACACUGUAGCUUUCAAAUCACAUAUGGCGCCUUCGCUUCA